UAAUUGGAGAAGGAAUGUCCUGUAUGGCAUUAAACAUAUUUCAAAAUAACUUUGCAUAUUGAUCUUAACAGAAACUACAGCACAUAAACACUAUAAAACUUGCACAGUAAUGUCUUCUCACCACACUAAACUUAUAUUAAUGAACGAAAAAGAAACAUCGAAGUUCAUGCAUCUCUGUCCAAACCGUCGUUUCCUCCCUGUGUUCUUUGAGUAAUCACUAGCUACUAUCUCGUGACAGAGGAAGAAGUGUGUGGCCAGGCACGGUAGGACUGAGUUAUCUUUUGGCAUCCGAUGGUUUAGUCAAAGCACGCAAUAAAGGGGAUAAGAGUCUAACAGAUCGUCAGAUCCUGGAUGCCUGUGUCCAAUACAUGCAAAGAUCCAAUAUUCUAGGAUUUCAGUUUAAUUUGGUUGCAGAUCAGUGCACCUAGCAUAGGAUACAACAAGCACACACGCAACUCAUCUCUGUCGACCAUGGCCGCCGCCGCUGCCGCCUGUAGCCUCAUCGUCCUCCUCCUACCGCUACUACUCUGCUUUCACAACUCCGUCGCCUCGCCGGCGACGCCACUCGCGGGUGAGCUCCUAGCCGAGGCGCGCGCGCCGGGGUUUGCCGCGUGGCUACGCGGCGUGCGCCGCCGCAUCCACCAGCGGCCCGAGCUGGCCUUCCAGGAGUACCGCACCAGUGAGCUCGUGCGCGCCGAGCUCGACGCGAUCGGCGUGCCGUACAGGUGGCCCGUCGCCCAGACCGGCGUCGUGGCCACCAUCGUCGGCGGCGCCGGCGACAAUGGGCCCAUCGUCGCGCUCCGGGCCGACAUGGACGCCCUCCCCGUGCAGGAAUUAGUUGAUUGGGAAUACAAGAGCCAGGAAAAAGGAAAAAUGCAUGCGUGCGGACAUGAUGCACACACAGCAAUGCUUCUGGGGGCUGCUAAGAUACUUCAAGAUCAUAAGAGCGACUUAAAGGGUACUGUGAAGUUUGUAUUCCAGCCAGCAGAGGAGGGUCAGGGUGGAGCAUACUAUAUCUUACAAGAAGGUCUGCUUGACGACGUGUCAGCUAUCUUUGGCUUGCAUGUUGAUCCAGUCCUUCCAGUAGGCGUUGUUGCAUCCAGGCCAGGACCCUUUGCUGCAACAGCAGCUCGAUUCCAAGCAACUGUUACUGGUAAAGGUGGGCAUGCUGCACUACCCCACCAAGCCUUCGAUCCAAUUGUAGCUGCAUCAAGUGCCAUCCUCAGCCUUCAACAAAUCGUCUCCCGGGAAAUAGAUCCCCUCCAAGGCGCGGUUGUAUCCGUCACUUUUGUGAAGGGAGGCGAUGCUUAUAAUGUCAUUCCAGAGUCUGUGACCUUUGGUGGCACCUUGAGGAGCAUGACAAAUGAAGGUCUAUUGUAUCUCAUGAAGCGGAUCAAAGAGAUUGUAGAAGGACAAUCAGCCAUACAUCACUGCACUGGCACCGUGGACUUCAUGGAGGGCAAAAUGAGAACAUAUCCAGCUGUGAUCAAUGAUGAAGGGAUGUAUGAUCAUGCCAAGGCAGUGGCUCAGAGCUUGCUCGGGGAAGAGAACGUCAAGGUCGCGCCGCAGUUAAUGGGAGCGGAGGAUUUUGGGUUCUACGCGCAGAAAAUGGCUGGCGCCUUCUUCACCAUUGGAGUCGGCAACAAGAGCACCAUGGUGACAGUCCAUUCCACUCACUCGCCCCACUUUGUGAUUGAUGAGGAUGUGCUUCCCAUAGGAGCUGCACUCCAUGCUGCCGUGGCAACUGAAUACUUGAAGAAGCAUGCAUCAGCCUGAAAAUGAAUGCGAAAAAUUGGCUUGUUUGGAUACUUUGGGCACCAUGCAGUAUGCUUUUCGUGGAGGUGAGCAGAGUUUUCCUUUCUUUGGUUCCCCAAUCCUACUGGUUUUUAAUGAUCUGAAAAUCCAGAAUGCCAUUACUACUUCUUUGCUGUAGGCUAUUCAAGAUAGAAAGUAGGUGUUCAGAUGCUCAGGAGUCAGGACCUACAAGUUACCCUCACUGAUGGAAAGACAAUGAUGUAUUAGACAUAUAUAAUAAAUAACAAGAUAUUCCAAAUAUUAAUGCAACUCAUACAUCGGUUUCUAUGACAAAA